AUGAACUCAACCGCGUCUGCUUUAGAUACGAAUGAUGCAUUUAUGAAUACCGUCAUCGAUCCGAAGACACGUUUUCGCCAGACUCCGGAAUCACGCCAUCAAGAAGCGACAACUAUCCCUGGUGCCAAAAUCGCCAAACAUCGGGUUUUAGUGGCAGGGAGACUACACGCUAGCAAAACGACACUUGUGAAUGGCGCGGCUGUGUGUGGCACAACCUUUGAGUCUGGCAGAGAAAACAUCGAGACGGAAAUCCCGCAAUCCUAUCUCUUCUUGCACGACUCUGCGGGUUUUGAGGCACCAGAUUCAAGCUUCCGGAUAGUUACAUCAUUUCUCGCCAACCGUGGACUGUCGCGAACAUUUUCGGAACGUGUUCAUGCAAUAUGGUAUUGCAUAUGCACCGACACCGCGAUGCGCUUAGCGCCCGGGGAUUUCUAUUUUUUCGACAACGAUUUUGCUCAACAAGUCCCGGUCAUUGUGGUUUUCACGCGAUACCGCGGCCUAGUCACUACAGCAUUCGCAGAGCUUAGAAGGACUCUCAAUCGGGUAGAAUCUAAAGAAAAGCGAUUUGAGAAAGCUCGAGAGUUACUCCGACUGGGAUACAUUGAUCGACUGAAGGCACUCCGGUUCCCUCCAACUGCAUACGUUCAAAUUGAUGAUUUGUUGGAGGAUAGCACCACCUUGGAGCAUCUCAUCCAGACGACACUUGCCUUGAUGACGGAAGAGAAUUUGAGGCCCAUGGUUUUCUCGGUGCGACAAAACAACCUGGACCCUUUUAUGGAAGCUGCGGUCAGCGCAGCUUUCGAUGCAAAAGACGGCUCCGGUAAUAUUAGUCAAUUUCGAAUGCGCGCUUCCAAUCACCUUUGGCAGACCUCGCGUCCUGUAUUCUACGACAUUAUCCUCAUAUCUGGAAAGUGGGUCCGUAAUCUCGACUCUGUCGCUUCUGCUGAGAUCGGGUACCAGAAUGAAGAGCCCGUUGAUUUAACUCGAGCAAUGGCUAGCCUGAGCGACGACCAUCUCGUAGGUCGUGUCUCUCUCCCUCAUACUGGGUUUAAACUUUCGAAGGCGCGGGUGGCUGCGACCUGCCAGUCAAGCUUAUCGGGGAAACAUUCUACACGGGAUACUUCGGCAUACACGAAACGCGCGGAUGUGAUAGCUACUUUAUGCAUCUGUCUCGAACAGACUGCCCUAGAAUCAUCUGCCUCCAUGGCCGACUUCCCAAGCGCAUUUAACCAGGCGGUGGACGCGUAUUUCGCCCCGAACUCCGUUGUGCGCGCCUCGGUCAACAAAGAGAUCUCAAAACUCUCUCCGCAAGACUUCCGAGAGACACCGGACCCGGCGUCGGACCGGCCGACCCGCCUGGCCACCGCCAAACUGGUACACAUAAUAAAAACACAUCGGCUGCGUUUGACAACUUGA